AUGGCUGACAGCAAGAAAAGUGAAAACAAAUCAAGAAAGUCAGAAGAUGUGGGGAAAAUAUCAAUCAUCUCAAGAGAUACAUGGGGAGCGCUACCUGCUAAGUCGAAAGUUCAGAUGGACCCUCCUAUAAGGGAGGUUGUAUACACAGAAACGGACACCAUAACAUGUUCUACGAAACAAGAAUGCACAAAACUUGUUAGAAGUCUCCAAAAACACCACAUGGAACUUAAAGGACAGCCUGAUAUCGAGUAUAAUUUUAUGAUUGGUGGAGAUGGGAACGUAUAUGAGGGGCGUGGAUGGUAUCUGGCAAGUUCUAUGACUGACAAAGAAAAGCCUGAAUCAACCGAAAAGGUUCUGGAGGUUGCUUUUAUUGGAUCUUAUAAAGAAGAUGAACUUCCAAAAGAAAUGACGUCUCUAGCUGAAAAACUAAUUAACUAUGGCAUAGAAAAUCAAUUACUUUAUUUUAACCAAGAAGAAACUAAUGAUUCUGCUGAUGAAAAUGAUGACAAGAAAAAUGAAGGAAAAUAAUAAAACUAUAGGCUGUAGCAUUGUAUGAAAACCUUUUGUAUAUUUUAAACAUACAUUUUGUUAAAACUGAACAUAGUUGUUAAAUGCAGAAAUAUAAAGAAUAAAUUGAAAUAUUAAAUUCCAUCAAAAGAUAUUGUAUUAACAGAAGAAAUGUGUUUAGAAGAAUUCAUAACCCCACAAAGAAACCUUUUUCAGACAUGGAAUUUCCAAGCAAACUACUGAGGGGCUUGAGACUUCUACUGACACAUGGAAUUGACAAUAGAAUACUUACUGAAAAAAAGGUA